GUUUCUGUACGCGUGCGUGUGUGUGCGUGUGUGUUUUCUCUAUAUUCUCACUUGUUCAGUUUGAAGUUGCCAGGAAAUCGGGGAGAAGAACUACACCCAGUCUCUACGUGCCCUUAAGUCACUUGUACUCUAUUUUGCCAACCUACAUUAAUCAACGAUUCACAUUUGUAUCAGAAAUGCUCCAUAUUUUAUCAGCAGCUAUCACACUUGCACAGUACGCUGUUACCGUUGUGCAGUACAUCUCGAUGCUCAUAUCCUUUAUGAUUAUAACGCCCGUGAUAAUGCUCCUUGCUUGGGAUUUGAUGCUAUAUGCUAUGCGUCUUGUUCAACUAAAACAGGUUGGCAUCAACGUUGUCGUUUGGUUUCACGAGUUGAAGUCUAGUACUCGAGGUUUAUGGACAAUGAAGUUGAAAAGAAUUGGGAAGAGACAGAUGUAUAAUCAGAAAGUUAUCUCUGCUCCUCAAAAGGAGAACGACUCUUUCAUCUCAAAAGUCACAAGCAACCCAGUUUUCCCACUAGGUUUGAACGUUGUUCUUUUCAUUGCCGGUGUUGCCUUCAUCCAAUCUCCAUUGAUGGACGCAAUGGCUCCUCAGCUCUAA